GGCAAAUUUGCGCGCUGUGUGCUCAGCUGUACUGAUGCUUCUCGCCUAAACUUUGUAUCAGAUACGGACUUUCAAGAAUUAAACAUACCAUACCUUUUCUGGAAAGGCAGUAACUUCUGUUACUGAAAAUGGGAGACGAUGCAGACUCCCCUCCCGAGAGGGAAAUAAAGGAUUUUCAGUUUCGACAGAUGAAGAAAGUACGAGUUUUUGAACCUGCUGAAGAUUUGCCUAGAGACAGAUCCUGUCUGCUUACUGUCUCAAACAAAUACGGUUUGACAUUUGUGGGCCUUGACCGAACAUUCAAAGUAUACUUAACUCAAAAUGUUCUUGCUGCUGAUAAAGCUGAUGGGAGCUCAUAUGAAGUAGUAAAAGGGAUACCGGCAUUGGCGGAAGUGACUGGGGCCAGGUCUUUGCACCAUUUGGCUCUGAGUUGUGAUGAACUCACUUUGUCAGUUUGUGGCACAUCUGAGGAGGCCGGUUUGUCCAUCAUGUUUUAUGAUGUCCGAACCUUCAUAAACAAGGCGAGACUGCAAAAGUCCCCAUUCGCGUCCUUGCAGCCAGCUGUGGCCUCUGAUACUUUGGUUCAGGACCUAAAGUGGAACCCUGCUCAGCCAUCCAUGUUGGCCGCCUGCUUGUCUGAUGGCAGCAUGAUGAUUCUUGAGGUUACAGACGGUGUCAAGAUCCAGGCCCAGCAACCCGCUACCAGUGGCAUCACCUGCAUUGGCUGGAGUCCAAAAGGAAAACAGGUUGCUGUGGGAAAAAUGGAUGCCACAGUUUGUCAGUAUACACCAGCUUUAGAAGAAAGGAAAGUCAUCCCAUGUCCACCUUUCUAUACUUCUGAUCAGCCAGUCAAAGCUCUGGACGUGCUAUGGCUUCGAACACCUGUGUUUGCAGUGGCCUACGCUGCUGCAGACGGGUGUCUUCAGACCCCUCCUGAGCUGGUGCUGAUCUCCCUCCCUAAAAGGGAUGAGAAACAGGAGAACAAGUAUCUGAACUUUGGUGACAGUGUUUAUGGCAGCUGCACAGAGCGACAGCAUCACUACUUCCUCAGUCACAUAGAAGACUGGGAUCUUGUGUUAGCUGCAUCAGCAGCGUCUAUUGAGGUCAGCGUGAUUGCAAGACAAGAUGACAAGAUGUGGGAGGUUUGGAUCCUAGAAGAUGCUAGUAGAGCAGAACUUCCAGUGACUGAGUCGAAUGACGACACUCUGCCUCUUGGCUUAGCUAUAGACUACACAAGCCAGCAAGAGAUCCAAAUCACUGACGAGAAGACCUUGCCUCCAGCACCUACAAUGCUAAUGCUGUCCACAGAGGGGUUACUCUGCCCGUUUGCUCUUCUCAACUUGAAUCCUGGGGUUAAGCAGCUAGUCUCACCAGCCACUCCCCUCACCUUGGAAGGAGAAAGACAGCCAAAGCCGGGUUCCUUGGCAACCCAACCAGCCAGAGCUGCCCCCUCAGCUGCAUCAGUUCCAGCAGGAUUCCCAAACAUUGCUCUUACAGCAGUUUCUUCAACUUCAUCUGUUCCUGCUGCGCCAUCCUCUGCUGUCCCUUUCAGCUUCGUUCCAACAGCUCCUGUGUCAUCUUCUUCAUUUACUUUCUCAGUUCCAACCACUUAUUCCACCACUGCCGCCCAACCAGCAUUCUCCCUUGGGGGUUCUGGGCCUUUUGGGCUAGCAUCCUCAAGCUUUUCUUUUGCAUCUAAACCUCCCUCUGAAACUCCCUCUGCUCCUUCAGCAUUUUCAUUCAGCACCCCUUCCAUGAAACCCGCAGCGGUACCAGCACUAUCCCCGGCUCCAGCUCCAACACCUCAGAGCCUUGCUCCUGCCUCCCUUCCUGCUCUCAAACUAAAUCUAAAUGACAGGUUUUCAUCAGUGGAGAGUCCAGCACCAGCUUUUUCCUUUAAUUCCACACUUCCCAAAGUUGCUGUUUCUAGUUCUGGUACAGCAAGCACCCUGUCGCUCCCAGCCACCAAGCCUCCAGUUGUAUUGACCCCGGUGCGCCCAGUUCAGACAGGCACACCUCCCACAGCUGUCCAGAAACCUGCUCCUGCCACACAAGGGCGUCCCCAACCUCCACAGGCAACUGUAAGCAUGAAGACCCUGGAGAAGCAGCUACAUCAGAAGAAAGAAUCUGAUCCCAUUAUGACUGGUAUUUUGGAGGAGAUUGCACACUUCCAGAAGGAGUUGGAUGACCUUAAGGCACGCAGCGCCAUAGCCGACUUUAAGGUUGGUACUAACGACGAGAUGAGGGGCCUGAGAAAAGAAUCGGAAGAGCUCCACAUCUUCACCCUGGAAAUAAAGGAAACUACAGAGUCUCUCCACGGGGACAUUGGCACACUGAAGACCACUUUGCUGGAGGGUUUUGCCGGGGCAGAGGAAGCCAAAACACAGAGUGAGCUGAGCAGAGACAAAAAUUACAGACAGCUGCUGUACAAAAAACCUCUGGAUCCACGCAGUGAAGACCAGCUCAAGGAGAUUCACAGACUUUACCAGUAUGUCACAUUUGCGGUGGAAGAUGUUAAUGACGUCUUAGAUGUGGAAUGGGAAAGACACCUGGAGAAGAAGAAGAAGCAGAAACACAUGGUCGUUCCUGGGCGUGAGGGUCUGUUCACAACACUUUCCAACAACCUGUACAUCAUCAACCAGCAAAAGAACCGACUGGACCAGCUUGUUCAGGAACUCGCAUCACUGCGCCUUUAUAGUAAAAAUGCUGCUCCUGCUAUUGACCAGAACAUUGCAACUGGAACUGGUUUUGAAAGUGAGCUUGAGAGUUUAAAGGAUGCACUCCUGAAAGCCAGGCUGGAUGUUGCUCCUCCUAAGACCAAAGCCAAAGCUCCAGUCAAGAUCUCACCAGUGAAACAGUCCCAACUUCGCAAUUUUCUCUCAAAGGGACAGAUGCCUCCUGUGCGCUCCACUGCACCAGCCAACUUGUCUCGUUCAGCGUUCCUUUCCCCACAAUACUACGAGGACCUGGAUGAUGCAAGCUCAACUUCAUCCCUGUCCCAGUCCUUGGAGCCUCACCUAUCUCGCUUGGACCAGGAAGAGGAAGAACUACAACCACUACAGCCCCAACCUGUGAUGGUGUUAUCUACUCCUCGCCACCCCACAGUUGUUAGGACCCCGUCUAUUCAACCAGGCUUUGGAGGCAUUCAGUCCACCCCUCUACCAAAACUUCAGUCAGCACCAACUCUGGGAUUUGGACUCAGCCCCAUUUCCAGUCCUGUUCCAGCCAAUAAGAUCAAUCUCAGUGGGGCUGAAAGCACUGCUCUUGCCACAAAGACAGUAAAACAUGGUGCUCCUCCUACAGAGAGAACUGUUCCUGUCACCAUGUCUGCCCAGCAGGCUGCAGCCAAUGCAGCUAUGCGCAGACAAAUGGCGAAUCAGAAGACUGCUCCUGUUAGUAGUUCUUUGUCAGAGUCCACCUUAAAGACUGUUCCUCAGGUGGUCAAUGUUCAAGAGCUCAAGGAAAAAGGGACGCCUGUUCCGGUUACUUCAAUAAUCAGCUCCUCGGUGCCAGAUCUCACAAAUCAGGCGUUUGCCAACCAAGUCAAACGAACUACCACCUCGGGAAUGCCAAAGAUGUCAACUGAAAGUAUGUUUGCUCUACAGCCUGGCUUUGUUUUUGGUCAGCCAUCCAAAACAGAUGUUUCUGUUGUUCCUACUAGUUCUGUGGAGCAAAGCAACAGCAAGCCAUUCUCCUUCACAUCAGGGUCAACAGGCUUCAGUUUUACUUCUGCCUCACAAGCAGCCGGAAUGACACAAGCAGUUAAGGAUGCCAGUAAAUUCUCUUUUGGUGGAAAUGGUAAGGUGAUGUUCAGUCAGACUGGAGAAGAGACGUUCUCUCUAACCCCAAAGUCCAUGUCCUCUGGUAUUGGCACUGGGUCUCCCACUCUGAGUUUAAGCGCAUCAGGCGAAACAGCCAAAUACAGCCCCACCUCCACAGCCUUCAGGACUGAGCCACAGCUCCCAAAGACUUCUGGAGGAGAAACCCUCGGCAGUUUUUCUGGACUGCGUGUUGGCCAAGGAGAAGAGGUCAAAGAUUCUGUAACAAAGCCAGCUGCUGCGUUUACCUUUGGCGAAACUGGACUUGGCAAAGGAGUACAGUCCUUUAGCUUUGGGUCAGGUCUCCAAACGUCUGCGGAAGACUCUGCAACUAUGGAUUUGUCUAAGGGAGCUUCAUCAAGCAGUUUGUUCAAGCCUCCUGAAACAAACUCCAAGCCAUCUUUCUCUCUUCCACCAUCUAGUGCUCCACCUUCAGCUUUGCCUACAUCUUUUAGUAGCCUUCUUGUUGUUCCUUCAGAAGAAUCAAAAGCUCCCCCACAGGUCUCAGAACCAACCCCUAAAAAAGAACCAGCCACCACUGAACCAACUGAAGAAAGCACCAGUCAGUCUGUUGCUCCAGAGCCUGCAGUGGAUUCAUCAUCCACUGCAAUAUCCACACCUGCACUUCCUUUGGUGGCAGGUGUGACUACACAAGACCUUCCUUCUACCAGUGUUGCACCAGCUGAAGCAACCCCUCCACCACCAUCCAGGGUAGCUUCCACAACAGAAACCACCCCAGAUCCUUCAUCCACUCCUGUUUCCACUUUAGUUGCUCUCAACGACACAUCUGUCUCCCAGGGAGCCCCGCCAGCAUUCCAGGUGCCCACUUCUGAAAAACCUGGUUCUAUUUUCACUCAACCUGCUCCUGCAACCACAAACAGCAGCUCCAUUGGGGCCACACCAGUUAUCAACACAGCUGUUCCCACAGCCACUACUACCACCCCUGCAGCUGUUACCACUGCACCAACUACUGCUGCCAACACUGCUUUUGGGCAACCGGCUGCACCUCCCGCUUCCUCGGCCCCUGCAGCAGCAGGAUUUGGCUCAUCUGGGUUUGGUACUUCAACAGGAGCAAGUUUUAACAAAUCCAUGUUUGGACAGAUGAGUGGCUUCGGCCAACCUGCUAGCGGCACUGGAACGUCUAGUGGUUUUUCUUUUACCCAGUCAGGAUUUGGAGCAAAUUCUAGCAGCGCAACAAAUGGGGGAGGAGGUCUUUUCGGGGCUUCUACUGCUAACAGUGCAAGUUCGUUCUCCUUUAGCGGCGGUAGCACCAAUACGGCCAGCAACACUGGGUCGGGGAUGUUCGGACCGAGCACUGCUCCCGCAUUUGGUCAGAGCUCUGGAUUUGGGCAGCCAUCAGUCUUUGGCAGUAACACCACCACAUCCUCGUCUUCAGGAUUCAGUUUUGGUCAGCCCUCAGGAUUUGGUUGUUCCGCUGCCACCCCUGUGUUUGGCCAACAGUCUUCAAGUGGAAGUGUAUUUGGACAGUCGUCGUCGGGGGCUGGUUUGUUUGGUUCAGGUACAACCAACACAGCGGGUUCAUCCUCUGGAGGAUUUUUUAGUGGCCUUGGGGGCAAACCAAGUGACGAUGCUGCCAGCAAGAACCCUUUCUGCACCACUGCUUCAGCUGGAGGGUUUGGACAGGCCACUCAGUCUGGUUCCAACAGUCUCUUUGGGAAUAGUGGAGCAAAGACCUUCGGGUUCGGCCAGUCCACCUUUGGAGAGCAGAAAGCCAGUGGGACAUUCACCACCGGUGCAGGGAGUGUUGCCUCCCAGGGCUUUGGCUCCUUUUCUUCACCAACAAAACCAGGAGGCUUUGGCAGUGCUCCAGUGUUCGGGAGUCCCCCUUCGUUUGGUGGUUCCCCCGCAUUUGGUGCUACAGCAUCAUUUGGCACAAGCCCUUCAUUCAGCAAUCCAAUGGGUUCCUCAACUAGUAAAGUGUUCGGAGAAGGAACAGCAGCUGCAAACAUGGGUGGAUUUGGGUUCUCCUCACCUACCAGUGCCCCUUCCUUUGGCGCCCUGGCUAGUCAGACUCCUCCUACAUUUGGGAACUUGGCCCAGCAGGGCACUGCAUUUGGAAGUCAGCCGAGCAGCUUCUCUGGCUUUGGACAACAGCCACAGACUGGAGGAUUCUCAGGAAACACAUUCGGGUCUGCAAGCCAGUCAGGUCCUCAAACAUUUUCCAGCUGGAGAAGCUAGUGUUCCUUCAAUCUUCAAGAGAAACUGGACCACUUUUCAGUAACGAUCUGUUCUGUCUGCCACAGUGGGGGAAAAAGGAAACUUUGUUAAAGGGGCAAAUAAAGUGAAGCAAACAAUGCAUUUUCUCAGAAAAAUUUGAUUAAAAUCUAACUUUAGCUUAUAGAGUGCAGAUAAUUAUCUACAUGUGCUACAUUUCUGUAAAACAUAAAUACUUUGUGAACUCUGUCGAUCUUUAGGACACCACAGUUUUAACAAGCAGAUGAAUUUUUUUGCUUCAUGUUCAUAGAAGAACCGCUCUGGUCUUUUGUGGCCAAGUUUAAGAUAUUUUUGCACUCAAAUACAGAAGUACAAAAACUUUCAAGCUUUACUUGUGAAUAUGUCCGAUUUUAGUGAUAAUGAGUAAAACUGUUUGCAAUAUGGAUAUAUUUUAGGAGUCAGCCCACAUCUGACCGCCAUAGCAGCCUUAAGCAUUUACACUGUAUAUGAAACCAUUUAUGGGUAUGUUUAAGUUAAAGAAAGACAAAGACACUUUUUUUAAUUAGAAUGAGAAGAAAAAGUGUAUCAAACUGUCAAGGUUUGUGUAGCGCUACACAAACCUUGACACAACUGUGUAUGCAACAACAAACCUCCUGAUGUAUUUUUUUUACAUGGAAAGACAAAUAAAUAAUUUUUCUGAAACAA